AUGCGCGCGCCCUCCCGUGUGGUCGGCCUCGGGCGCCUCGCGCGCGUCACCGAAAAUUGGCUUCGGUCCGUUGAUUGGAUUCCUCAAUGUCUUGGAGUCCAAUUCUCUGCUAGCCAUGGAGGAUCAUUGACUGGCACCACAGGAUAUCUUCAUGAAGGGGCAUUUGCAUUAUCUGUUAGUAAUACUACUACAAAAGAACAGACUACAAAAGGAACAUCUGAAGGCACAAUUUUCAGAAAAGGAUUUUCCAGUAUUGAUGAAAGAUCAUAUGUCAGGUCUUCCUAUCUUUUACAUGGCUUCAGGCUGGUACGAAGAUUGGCAUUCAGUGUGCGAGAUCAGUGGAUUCUGUUUUCAAAUGAAGUGCAUGCCAAACUAACCAGGAUCUUACAUCGUUUCUGGACAACACUACAGGGAUCUUGUGAAGAUAUAGGAUGGUUGCAAAGAACUCGGGCAUCACUUUGUUCAGUUGAUGGGACAGGUCGAUUCAAGGAGAUUUUGCAUGAGAUCAGAAAUGGCAUGCACUGCCUGCCUGAUACACUGGUUUACUUAUUUAUUCCUGGCCUUUUUAGCAACCACAGUCCACUUUACUUCACCAAUACGAAACGGUUCUUUUCAAAAAUGGGAUUGGCUUGCCAUAUUGCGAAAAUUCAUAGCGAGGCAUCAGUGGAGAAUAACGCGUGGGAACUGAAACAAUACAUUGAGGAGCUCUACUGGGGAUCUGGUAAGCAGGUUCUGCUCCUUGGCCAUAGCAAAGGUGGAGUUGAUGCAGCUGCAGCUCUUUCCUUGUACUGGUCUGAGCUCAAGGGUAAGGUUGCUGGCCUGGCGUUGGUUCAGAGCCCAUAUGGUGGCACUCCAGUCGCCUCCGAUAUCCUUCGAGAAGGCCAGAUUGCUGAUAAGGAGACAAGGAGGAUCAUGGAGCUCAUCGUAUGCAAACUAAUAAAGGGUGACAUCAGGGCCUUGGAGGACCUCACAUAUGCUAAGAGAAAGGACUUCAUCUCCAAGCACAAACUCCCCAUCGAUGAGCUGCCGGUCAUCUCCUUCCACACCGAAGCCAGCACCGCGCCCACAGUGCUCGCGUCACUGACCCAUGUCGCCCAAGCCGAGCUCCUCCCAUGGCUUCCCCUGCCACGGUUCUUCCUAUCUACAUCCGACUUUGUCGAGUCAAUGCUCGCCUCUCUGAAGGUCCCCGUGGUCGCGCCUGUGUCGGCAGCCAUGGCGGUCACAGCCCUCCACCUGCGUCUGCGCUAUGGGGAGAGGAGUGACGGGCUGGUGACACGGCGCGACGCCGAGGUACCUGGGUCAGUGGUGGUGAGGCCCGAGAGAAGGCUGGACCAUGCGUGGAUGGUUUACUCCACGCUGAAGAUGGGCAGCGCUGAGGCCGAUGCAAGUGAGAUGUGCGAGGCUCUGCUGGCCAUGCUCGUUGAGAUUGGCAAGAAGAAAUUUCGCUGA